GAUUUCUCUGGUACGCCACUGUGUUUUCGGGUGUAAUCAACGUUGCUGCAAAAUGCGAUAACAGCAAUUCUGUCUGCGAGUAUUAUUGAAAUAUCGAGUGUGGUGAUACUUUAGUUUGUUAAUAAGUGCGAAAAUGAAUUUCCUGCGCAAUAUAUUGGCUAUCUUGACGGGAGUUUAUGCAGCAAAGGCUUUGACAUGUUACUCCUGCGAUAGCCAGCAGAGUAAGACUUGCGAUUGGGGUCUUCUCUCAUUCGUCUAUCCCACUCAAGAAUGUGCCAGUGCUGGCAUAUUCGACUCUUUGUUCACAACGAAAUGCUUCAAAAUAACUGCGAGGAAUCGCCAAGGAAACUGGUACGUGGCACGAGGUUGUCAAAAUCCGCCCGCGUUUGGUUGCAGCGUUAUUGCAGAGAGUAUAGGGUGGGUGUCCAAAAUAUCCAGCAACGAUCCCGAAGCACUAAGCGAUCUCGAAUGUAGCACUUGCGACUCCGACAAAUGCAACUCAGCCUCCAAGUUCGCCAGACUUGGCGCAUUGGUGAUCGCGAUUGUGGCCGUUUUUCUAACAGCCACCUUUUAACUGUUAGUAUAUAUAUGCCAGACAUGUUUUACAUUGUGUUUCUGCUCUUUUUAAUGUGUAUUAAGUAUUUAUAUUUUGCAUAAGUAAUAUUUUCUAUAUAUUUUUUUUAUCAUAAGAAGUCAUCGAAUAAAUAAUCCUGGCUC